AUGUCAGCCAAAGUUCCUCCUUCGGGCAUCUGGGCUCCUGCCGUCACCUUCUUCGACCCACAAACCGACGAACUGGACCUCGAAUCUCAAGCCAAAUACUACAAAUACCUGUCGCAGCACCUCACAGGCCUCGUAAUCUUGGGCACCAAUGCCGAGACAUUCAUGCUCACGAGGGAGGAGCGUCUGGCGUUGUUGAAAUGUGCGAGAGAAGCGGUUGGUCCGGAGUAUCCGAUCAUGGCAGGUGUGGGAGGCCACAGCACGAAACAGGUGCUCGAGUUCAUCUCCGACGCCGCAUCCGCAAAGGCAGACUCCGUCCUCGUGCUUCCAUGUGCCUACUUUGGCAAGCAGACGACGAACAAAGUGGUCAAGGACUUUUACGACCAAGUCGCCGAGAAGUCUCCCCUCCCGAUCGUGAUCUACAACUUCCCGGGCGUCUGCAAUGGCGUGGACAUUGAUUCGGAGACAAUGACUGAGCUCGCAAACCGACAUUCCAACAUCGUCGGCACGAAACUAACCUGCGCCUCCGUCGGGAAGAUCACCCGUCUCUCCUCCUCCUUCCCACCCUCAACCAACAAAUUCGCCAUCUUCGGAGGCCAAUCCGACUUCCUCCUCGGCGGCCUGGCCGUCGGCUCCGCAGGCUGCAUCGCCGCCUUUGCCAACAUCUUUCCCAAAACCAUCUCACACAUCUACAAGCUAUACCAGUCCGGCCAGCUCGAGGAAGCGUUGCGGUUACAUCGCAUCGCGGCCAUGGCGGAGAGCUUUUCGAAAGCGGGGAUCGCGAAUACCAAGUUUGCGGCGAGUGUGACUAGUGCGCGGAAUGCGGGCGUGGAGGGCGCGGAGGAGAAGUUGGCGCCUCGGAGGCCGUACGAGGCGCCGAGUGAGGCGGUGAAGAAGGACAUCAGGGCGAAGAUGGAGGAGAUGAUUGGCAUUGAGGAGUCGCUGUGA